AUAGAUUUCAUAUAAAGAGUAUCGGCUAACUUUUGCACUGUAACAUUAAUAAUAUUAUUAUUAUACUAUAUGAUACACAGUUAAAUAUAUGUAAGCAAUAAACUUAUAAUACACCAGUUCUUCUCCUUGUUGGAUAGAUUUGGCUCAAACUGUGUUUUUCCACAGGUGGAAAAAUGCGACGUAUUAAGUAUCAAACUCGGGCACUGUGUUUUUGUGAGGGAUAAAACGGAUGAAGAUUCAGAGCUUCUCGAAUCAGACAAGUGGAUUUCGUGGCAAUGUUGUUAACUCAGACCAAAUUGGCUUGCGUUGUCCUGUGUCUUAUUGGCUUCAAGGAGCCCUGGAAUAGCUCAGAUGUUUCAGCAAUUCUGCAUGGAAGAUUCUCUCGUCACGGGUUUAUCAGAUCUGUAAGUGAUGCUAACCUGAUGUUUGAGUUCUUAUGGAGAGGUCUGGAGAUUGAUGCAGACAACAAUGUUGUCAUGCGAGAUCAAGAAAUUGCAUCUAUGCAACAGGGACGAGCCUUUCUAUCAAUUAUAAAUGACGAUAUCCCCAAGACUGUGUCUGCAAUGGAGAAGUUACUGGAAGAGCUGGAAGAAAAAGAAAACUCUUUCACCCAGGCCCGUUUUGAGAUCCUCAUCCUCGGGACUAUCUAUUCAGCCUACCAGGUCCAAAACCAGAGGCUGGAGGCAGAGCAGCAGGCCUGGACUAAUAUUCUUGGUCGUCUGGCAAAUGUUACGCUCGUUCAGCUGCGCAAGUCUUAA